AUUACAUUCCUUUUCCCAUAUCCUAUCGUGUAACAUCCAUGUCUUCAUAGAUUGAAAGCAUUUCAAUCUAUGUUAAGACUGGUACCUUUUGUCAGGGACAGGAAAUCUUUUUUUAUUUUAAUUUUUUGUUAAAGUUGGGAGUUGUAUAUUUUAUGUCCAUAGAUUGUUCCUGGAAAAUCAGGCCAGCACCAUAAGGCUAUCAUACAAAUGGCAUGCAAAUGGGAAGGGUGCACAUAUUUUCCACUUGGUUGGUAAGUCAAAGGCUGCAUACAAAAGGUCAGUGGUGUUAUAGCGCUUUACUAGGUGAUAGACCGUGUGAUCUUCCAUAAGUUAUUACGUACUUUUAAAAUAUCAAGUGUUCUCGGCAUUGUUUGAUACGUUCCUGAACUUGUUGCUAAGACAUGCGUGUCUAGACUGCCCAGACAGUCAUACAUUUUACUAUUCAAAUCGAUUGGUUAUUGUUUUAUACUUUCCUUUUUCAGGCCAUGUCAAGCGACAGUCUUCUGUCACCUCACGAUGCGGUGAUGGUCUUCGUCGUAUAGAGGAUUUUUAAGUAAACGAUUCUUCGUGUCAUUGUGAUCUAAAGAACCAAGGUAUGCAAAUAUCUUGAAAAUGGAUUUGUGAAACCAGAUUGGCUCGCAUCACGCCCAUUUCCACACAUGGGGUUCAACACUGUGGUAUAACAAAAUCUUGACAAGAUCCUGACCAUUGUGCAACAUUCUUAAUUAGAACUUGUGGCACACUCCCCAAAUCAAUUGACGCUUCCGACGCUAGCCAUCCUCACGUGUACAGCAUUUCUGUUUUCCGUCAAGAAAGUACAGCUAUUCUUUUGAAUAUUCUGUAUAUCAUCGUUGCCAUGACUAGUUUUCUUCUGAUGCUCGAUCAAUUCGUCAGUUAAAGGUAUUUAAACGAAUUUCCCUUUCUAGCAAGCGCAGUUGAGCUUCAAACCUCCUAUUGUUUCUCAAUGGCUCCGCCCAAGUUAAUACCAUUUAAAUUAAUCCUUUUAUUGGUUAUUGUAAUUGCCGAUAAAUACCAGAGCUCAUUAGCUUCAACGCCAAAUCCUCUCAAAGGCCAACACAUUCGUAUUAUCUGGCCUCGUUGGGAAGGUAAUCCUAAAGGACUUUCUGGUCCGCUCAAGGGUGGAGUCAUCAUUGAGUACUUGGCAGCGCGAUUAAGUUUUACUUACGAAAUGGUGAGAAUCACGGAAAACAGGAUUGAGCCUGCUCCGAAACAAAGAGGACUUUUUGAGUAUUUGUGGGAUGGAAGAUGCGAUUUUUUGGCUACAGCCGUUGUCCAAACAUGGGAGCGCAAUAAGGUCGUCGAUUUGACUAUGCCUUGGGAAUACACAACGCUCAGUUUUCUGAUUCCCGUUCCUAUAGAGAUACCCAACAUCAAAUCUGUCGUCAAGCCAUUCCAGUGGCCGGUUUGGGUUGGACUAAUCGUGACAGCCAUUUGCGUCGUUGUCGUUUUGAAUGUAAUUCAACGAUGUUUGGAAUACAUGGAACAUCGUUCCUUACCUGAGACAGUGUCUGCAACGGAUCCUUGCACACAUUUCCCAGGAAACAACAGUCGUUUGAAUGGACAAGCUGGAAAACAAUACCUUUACGUUUUGGGAAAUUUACUGUCACAAGGUGGACCUUGUGCGUCUAAUCGAUUACCUUUUCGUCUUGUCGCCGGUAUUUGGACGUUGGCGGCGUUCAUUUUCGUUCAAGCGUACACGUCGAUUCUUUUCACGUAUGUAGUGGCUCCAGUCAGUUUACCGCUCAUCAAUUCCAUCUAUGACAUCGCUGAUAGUGAUGAUAUCAAUUUACUGAUGAAGAAAGCAGGGACUCCGGAUGAGAUGUUUAUGAAUAAUAAUUGGACGGGAGUUUACGAGAAAAUUCGGAACAGGGUCAAUUCAUUCCCACAUUCUCGUUGCGUUUUGGUAUCCGAUUGCAUCAAGUUCAUUUCACCGGGAUUACGAAACGUCUUUAUCGACGGGUUACCUUACCAACUGGACGCCAUUAAGCAAGACUUCGAAAAAACUGGGAAAUGCAAUUUUCAACUGGCAAGGGACAGCUAUUCGACCCUACCGGUCGCAAUGGCUUUACCAAAACACAGUCCCUACACCAACCCCAUCAGCAAAAGCUUCUUGGAACUACAGGAAAGCGGAUUGGUCAACCACUGGGAUCUGUGGUUCCGUCCAAUGCCGGUUCAAUGUAUGGAAAAUUUCAAAUCGAGUCGAUUGAAAUCUUCAAGGAGUGAAAAGCAUCUGCCGUUGUCGCUUAAGAAUUUGACUGGCGCCUUUCUUGUCCUUUCGGUUGGCAUCAGCGUCGCCUUCUUGGCUUUUCUUUGCGAGCGAAUUAUUUCAAUGGCUGGACGUCAACGGCCUUGCCAACGCAUUUAACUGCAUACUUUAAACCAAUAAUGACGUCGUUUUAGGAAUUCAUUGAAAUUUUGCCAAGAACAUCUAUAUUUUGGCUGAAUUCACGAUUCAUAGUUAAUCCAUUGUAGAACAUAUAACUAUAGUUGCCUAGUUGCCUUAUCCUGCGCUAGAACAAGUAGCUUCUGACAUUUUUUCUUUCUAAAUAUUCUGGCCACCGCAAAUCAUUUUGGGGACAUGAAUUGUUGUAGACCAGGUGUUCCGACACCUGCCAGGCUAUUCUGCACAAUCUCUUGCACAAUCGACGGUGGAUCCAACUGGAAUAUCCCGGCUCAAUCGUUCCAAUUUAUUGAAGUUUAAUAGUCUGUUAACCGUGUCGUAUUUCCCAACUGUUUUAAAGACUACCCCACCGGCGUGAAAUAAUCUCAACGCCAACUUUAAAAAAAUGGUGGCAAAUAAAAGUGGGCGUAAGAAUGGUUGACAAUGAAAGCAUUGUCUGUGAUAGUCGUUUGAUCAUAUGUCGAGUUUUAAAGGUCGUUUGUAGGCUGUGUAGGCGUUGUGUGACAGAUUGUUGGCUCUGUCCCCAAACACGACAUAUGUACAACACAUUCUGAAUAAGUAGGUGACUGCACAAUACAUGAUAUAAUUUUAG